ACCACCUUGCGUAUGGAAGUAUGGCGGCACCAGCGACACAGCUACUACUCGUCCAAAGUUUGUUGCUCAGAUUUUCACGUGAGAGCGAUGAAUAAGUACGCGAACCGGGGUGUUGGUAACGAAGAGCUCGGCGACUGUCAGCAGAGGAAAGGACUUGCAGAAAGACACGUCGGUCUCUGGCCGACUGAGUUUCCUCGAUUUCUCUUCACCUCCUCGAUUGAAGUGCCUUUAGUCCGGGUACCACAGGGGAAGAAACUCCGCAAGACGGGAAGAGUGGACACGGAAGUUUGAAACUAACUGAAAAACUGUGGCUUUGGAAAGACCACUUUCCAAGCAUUAAGUGUGGUGACCAGAGAUGUUUUGUUGAGACACGGAAGUGCACUUGUCCGAUGUUUGUUACCAGCGCUUUAAAAUCGACGCCGCAACUGUUAAAUGCUCGAUGUACAUUUGGGUCUGGCGCUGCAUACCACCAGCUAACGUUAGUUAGCCUCCAUGGCUACCUUCAACAUUGGCUUGAGGUCGCCAGUUAACCAACAAUAUAAAUGUCUAUAUGGCCGUGUUACCUUGAAAUUCCUUUCUUUGACCUCUGAAGCACUCAGGAUCCAUUAAUGCACGAUACACAGAGACAUACUGGAGUAAUACGGAUCUGCAUAGCUGACCCGCAUCACCCAUACUCCAGGAGAGGACAGGCUGAGCCAGGGAAAGGGCUUCCUGUCUUCUCCUGAUCCCCAUCCCUGCCUGGUGGCCAACUGUUGGACGGUGAGCAACAGAGUCCAGCUUGGAGAGACCCGGCUGCGGCCUGGCACCCUGCCCUUAUGGGGCAGCAGCCGGGGAAGUUUGUAGGGGACCAGAGGAGACCCAGUCUGCCGGCCUUCAUCAAGGGUGGAAAGAGAGAGUCGUCACGCCAUGGGACCCAGCCCUGUAAUGUUUUUGCUGUGCACGAAGCUCUCCAGAGACCAGAUACUGAGAUUCCAGGUCUGACAGAAGCGGCCCGCUGGAACUCCAAAGAAAACCUGUUGGCAGGACCCAGCGAGAAUGACCCCAACCUGUUUGUCGCGCUCUAUGAUUUUGUGGCCAGUGGCGACAACACACUCAGCAUUACUAAAGGAGAGAAGUUGCGCGUGCUGGGUUACAACCACAACGGCGAGUGGUGCGAGGCACAGACCAAGAAUGGCCAGGGUUGGGUUCCGUCCAACUACAUCACACCUGUCAACAGCCUGGAGAAGCACAGCUGGUACCAUGGACCCGUGUCACGCAAUGCUGCAGAGUACCUGCUCAGCUCGGGCAUCAACGGAAGCUUUCUGGUCCGCGAGAGUGAGAGCAGCCCUGGCCAGCGGUCCAUUUCCCUGCGGUACGAGGGGAGAGUCUACCAUUACAGGAUUAACACUGCAUCUGACAGCAAGAAUCUCUUCUUCCUCCAGCUGUACGUCUCGUCAGAAAGCCGUUUCAACACACUGGCGGAGCUGGUGCACCACCAUUCCACCGUGGCCGACGGCCUCAUCACCACGCUGCACUACCCGGCGCCGAAACGCAACAAGCCCACCAUCUACGGAGUUUCUCCCAACUACGAUAAGUGGGAGAUGGAGCGCACAGACAUUACCAUGAAGCACAAGCUGGGAGGGGGCCAGUACGGGGAGGUAUACGAGGGUGUUUGGAAGAAAUACAACCUCACUGUGGCUGUCAAGACACUAAAGGAGGACACGAUGGAGGUGGAGGAGUUUCUCAAGGAGGCCGCUGUUAUGAAAGAGAUCAAACACCCGAAUCUGGUACAACUGUUAGGCGUGUGCACACGGGAGCCACCGUUCUACAUUAUCACAGAGUUUAUGACCCACGGUAAUCUACUAGACUACCUGAGGGAGUGCAACAGAGAGGAGGUCAAUGCAGUAGUGCUGCUCCACAUGGCCACACAGAUCUCCUCUGCCAUGGAGUACCUGGAGAAAAAAAACUUUAUACACAGGGACUUAGCUGCCCGUAACUGUCUAGUCAGGGAGAACCACCUGGUGAAGGUUGCAGACUUCGGCUUAAGCAGGCUAAUGACUGGAGACACCUACACAGCUCAUGCUGGGGCAAAGUUCCCCAUCAAGUGGACCGCUCCAGAGAGUCUGGCCUACAACAAGUUCUCCAUUAAGUCUGAUGUCUGGGCAUUUGGCGUGUUGCUGUGGGAGAUCGCCACCUACGGCAUGUCCCCCUACCCCGGCAUUGACCUGUCCCAAGUGUACGAGCUGCUGGAGAAAGACUACCGUAUGGACCGACCAGAGGGCUGCCCCGAGAAGGUCUACGAGCUGAUGAGGGCCUGUUGGAGGUGGAACCCUUCAGAACGUCCAUCUUUUGCUGAAACACACCAAGCCUUUGAAACCAUGUUCCAGGAGUCCAGCAUCUCUGAUGAGGUGGAAAAGGAGCUGGGCAAGAAAGGGAAGAAGGCAACAUUGGGAUCCAUCCAGCAGGCUCCAGAGCUGCCCACCAAAACCAGAACUCUCCGCAAAAACAUGGACAACCGGGAUGGAGAUAGUCCAGACCCAGUGGAGCUGGAGGCAGCUGUGUCGUCACCCAUGCUGCCCAGGAAAGAGCGUCCCCUCCUAGACAGCAACCUGAAUGAGGAUGACCGCUUGCUACCCAAAGACAAGACACGUGGCAGUGGCUUUCUCAGUCUCAUCAAGAAAAAGAAAAAGAAUGCACCCGCUCCACCCAAACGCAGCUCUUCUUUCAGAGAGAUGGAUGUCCACCCUGACAGGAGGGGCCUGACUCCAGAUCCUCGGGACAGUGACAGCUUCAACAAUGGGGCCUCUUUGGCCAUUAAUGAUGUCACACAUAGCCAAGACUCCACCAAAUUCCCGGGUACUAACAAUAAUGGGGCAGGGGGUAUCACCAACGGGGCUCCUACCUACCCAGGACCUUUGUUUCCCAGGAAGAAGGGAACUCCAGCAGUGCCUGGCCCUGGAGGAAAAGCAGCUACAACACCGCCAAGUGAGGAGGAAUCCAUGUCUAACUCGAAGCGUUUUCUCUGGUCCUCUAGCAUGCCCGCUGGCUCAGAUGGCACUGAAUGGAAGUCUGUCACACUGCCGCGAGACCUCGGCCAGCGCCACUUUGACUCAGGCACCUUUGGGGGCAAACCAGCUCUGCCUCGCAAGAGAACCAGCGAGCAAAAAGGGGAGAAUGCCCCUCGAAAGGGCACCCUGACUCCCCCGCCACGUCUGAACACCUUAUCAGAUAUUUCUUCUGCCUUCUCAGGCAAAGACACUGAUCCCAGUCCUGGUUCCAGUCCCCAGGCAUUAACACCUAAGGGGGUCAGGAGCCCAGGGUUGCCGGGGCUGGAGAACUCCAAGACCAGCGCUCUCCACGCUGAGCUACUCAAGCCCAAUGUGUUCCCUGCUUUAGGGGCAGCUGGAGAAGAGUGCAGGGCCCGCAGAAACAAGCACACUGUGGACUCUUCGUCUGUCAGGGAAAGAGUAAAGUUACAGAAACCCAAGCCAGCCCCACCUCCACCACCAACCAACUCGAAAGCGGGCAGGAUUUCCCGAAGCCCCACUCAAGAACUGCCCUCCCCCCCAUCCACCACCUCAGACAUCAAAGCUAAGGGCCUCCCCUCUGUCUCAGAGCCCCACCACUCAACCACUGCCAGUGACCAAGCCCGCUCACCCCUCAGUGAGGGCUCCAAAAAGCUGCCCCUGGGCUCCACUUCCAAACCUCAACCGUUAAAGACCUCCAACUCCUCCACAUCAGUGACCACCUCCCUAUCCAGCCAGAGCCUAGGAGGCUUCUCUUCCUCCCUCACCUCCCCCAGUGAUCAGAGCUUGCCCACCGCUUUCAUCCCCUUAGUGAACACCCGGCGCUCCCUCCGCAAGACUGCACCCCGCCAGGGUUCCGAGCGCACUCCCAACUCAGCCGUGACGCGUGAGAUGGUGCUGGAAGGCAGCGAGCUGCUCCGCGCAGCUAUUUGCCGCAACUCGGAGCAGACUGGUAGCCACAGCGCUGUGCUGGAGGCCGGCAAGAACCUGUCGAAGUACUGCAUGAGCUACGUCGACUCCAUACAGCAGAUGAGGAACAAGUUUGCCUUCCGCGAGGCCAUCAACAAGCUUGAGAACAGCCUGCGUGAGCUGCAGAUCUGCCCCACAGCCACAGGGGGUGCCAAUGCACAGCAGGACUUCAGCAAGCUGCUAUCCUCUGUCAAAGAGAUCAGUGACAUUGUUCAGAGGUAGCGCUAUAAAAUAUUAAAACUACCAUGAUAUAAAACUGAUGUGAACUGUAUCUUACACUACCUUUUUUUUCUGAGCAUGCGCUGUGUUCCAUGCCAAGCUCAUGUUGAGGGUAAAGCCUGCAUGAGAGCAGCAACAGAGUGUAGGUUUCACCCUACAGUACACUUAAACCUGUGGUUACAGUGAAUCGAAUCAAAGGAAUCUCUCUGUAGAUGUCUUCAGACAGUUUGCAAUAUUGAAAAGCCUUAACCAUGAAUGAACAAUGUCUUUUGGCCUUAAUGAGAGGCGUGGGGCCAAUUCUUUAUCGACAUGACUUUUCACCAAUCAUUUUUGAAAUGAUCAUGUCAUAUGUAUUCUAGUUGUUUUCCCCGUUUUUCAGUGACACUAAUAGAGAAGAGGCCUGUGAUAUGUUUCCAUCACUGCUAGUGUUUCAGUUUCCAUCUAUGCCGACGGUGAGCAAAAACAAAACACUUAACCUCAUCUUGUUCUAGGAUGCCUUCUAACACUUAAACGACUAAUGUCGUUGUUUCCAUUUUCACCUGUAAGCAUUAGGGAGCAUCUGGAAUCACAGUGUUAAUAACCUGAUGCCUCUAACAAACAUCCCAACAUUUUCCAUUACUUUGUACCAUGUCAUCAGUGAUUGGUUGUGUGUCGAGUGAUGAAAGCACGUCAGUGUUUGUUCUUUUGCAGUAUUUGCAACCAUAAAGUAAUAACGGGAGCAAGCAAACGAGGCAGGAUGAGCCUCUGGCCUUCACCUUUUUGCUUCACUAUACACUUUGGUAACAAAUGGUGCCUUAAACACUAUUGGCAGAGCUGUUUAAGAUUUGCCACAAGUGCAGAAAUGUGGCUUUUGCUGACUUGUGCCAAGUGGGCAGGAAUAGCUGUGUUGAUUUGUUCAUUGGAUUUAAAUGUUCGAUUGCCAUACCAAAAACCUUGGUCUCCAGUCUGUACUGGAGAGGGACCACGGUGAACGAUCUCCGACUCAGUGGAUCUGACUGUUUUAUGUGCCCUUAAACUGGGAUUUUUUAAAAAUAUACAAGGUUGAUUCAAGUUUCUAUAAAAGCCAGUCCCAAAAGCCAUCUAUUGCACCUCAGCCUCCUUGCAGCAGCAACCUGAUGGAGGGCUUGUCACAUGGUCUAAAUGCUUUCCUACCCCAGCAAAAAACACAAUGUAUAUCCUGGGGGAAACACUGGACUGAAAUGUUUAUGGAUCUGUCACUUGCUGUCAUACAAAUGUAAGUUUUAGACUAAAAUAACCCGAGAUUACAAUACCAUAUGUUCCUUUAUUCUUGUCUGCAACUCUUGGACAUGUUCAGUAUUUGUGCUGUAGUUGCCUCACUGAUGUGCCCUGUCUGACUGCGAUGCCUUAGGACACAAGUCAACCGUAAGCUGCCUUGACUUCAACAUGGUACUGUCAGUGUUGGCUUUUUUUUUUUUUUAAUUCCUACCCUUUACCAACCAUACCACUACUCUACUCUAUUUUGUGUCUAAGCCUCCUCACAAAUUUUUGCUUUCCUUUGUAAAUAUGUUUUUUCCUAUUUGUUUCUCCCUCUAGCCUUGGUGCAAUUUUUGUUGCAAUAAAAUACAAAGCAGUUUUGCUACUUGAAAUA